AUGCCCGCAAGCUUUUUCAGCUGCUUACGUGCCCGCGUAAUUGCCAUUGACUCGCUUCUGUGCGUAGGUCUGGAUCCACAUGUAGCAGAACUGAAUGAACCAACUGCUGCUGCCGCACAAGCUUUCUGCACACGUAUUAUUGAGCAAACACACCACGUCACAGCCGCCUAUAAGCCCAACUCGGCGUUCUUCGAAGCCUUUGGUGCUGAGGGCAUCACAGCGCUUCACGCUGUCAUCAAGUCGAUUCCUGAUGGAAUUCCGGUGGUGCUGGAUGCUAAACGAGGUGACAUUAGCACCACAGCGGCUGCUUAUGCUGCUUCGACCUUCGACACGCUGGAGGCACAUGCCAUUACGUUGGCUCCGUACAUGGGCCAGGACUCUAUUGAUCCAUUUGUGCGCGGUCAUCCCGAGCGUGGAUGCUUUGUGCUGUGUAAGACGUCAAAUUCCAGUGCCAACGAUUUUCAGACGCUGUCUAUUGGAUCUCGCGCGCUAUAUGAGGAAGUAGCGGCUAAGUGCGAGCAGUGGAACUUGGAGGAUAACGUUGGCCUCGUUGUGGGAGCUACAGACAUUGAGGCACUUUGUCGUGUGCGUGCGGUGACGCCCAAGUUAUGGAUUUUGGCACCCGGAAUCGGCGCUCAGGGUGGCAACCUGAAGGAGGCAGUGACUGCUGGUCUGUCUGCGGAUGGAUUUGGUCUGCUAGUACCCGUCUCACGCGGUAUUUCUAAGGCUGCUGAUCCCAAGGAAGCUGCUGAAUCUCUGCGAGACGCCAUCAACGCUGUUCGCAGGACCAAAGUGGUUGCUGCCACGGCGACUGGAACCACCUCGAGCGCAAACGAAUUCAUUAAGUUGGCAUUGUCAUUUGGUGUGCUUAAAUUCGGCGACUUCAAAUUAAAGUCAGGACGCCAAAGCCCAUAUUUCUUUAACGCCGGUUUGUUUCAUACGGGCCGCGCACUCAGCCAGCUUGGCAAGUUUUACGCACAGGCUAUUCACGACAGUGGCGUGGAAUUUGAUGUGCUAUUUGGCCCUGCUUACAAGGGUAUUACUCUUGUUGCCGCUGUAGCCAUUGCCUAUGCUGACCUGUACGACGUUGAUAUUCCCUUUGCGUACAACCGUAAGGAGGCUAAGGAUCAUGGUGAAGGCGGCGUACUUGUUGGUGCAGACAUGACUGGAAAGAAAGUGCUGAUCAUCGACGACGUGAUUACGGCCGGUACUGCUAUUCGUGAGGCAUUUGAGAUUGUGAAAAAUACAAAUGCACAGGUCUCAGGUAUUUGUAUCUCGCUGGAUCGUCAGGAAAAGGUCUCAGUGGAAGAUACACGUUCGGCCAUUGAUCAGGUCAAGGAGAGUUUUUGCAUUCCUGUUGUGAGCAUUGCGACAUUGGACAAUCUUGUGAGCUUUCUUGAGACCGUGGAUCCAAUGACGGAUGUCAAUGCUUCAUACUUACCGGUGAUUCGCGCUUAUCGUGCUGACUACGGUGUGUCUCAAUAG